UCAGGCGUUGAUUGCGAUCAAAGCUAGCUUCAUCAAGGUACAACCGCAGCUGCUGAUGUGAAACUACAACUUUACCAGACCUCCGGACAUGAUUUCAUCAUCAAGGUUAUUCGCCAAAUAUGUUAUUUGGCAAUUUUUAAGUGUCACUGUUGGUUAGAAAAACGGCGUCGCGGACGAAACACUAGCUAGAAACAACAGCAAGCUGAAUAGUAUGCUGGACGUGGGGAAGUGGCCAGUGUUUGCGCUCCUUCCUCCUGAGGAACUACGGCUUAUCCGGCAGGCUUGUGUCUUUGGCAGUGCUGCAAAUGAAGCCCUCUAUGUCACAGUUAAUGAUGAGGUCUUUGCUUUAGGCACCAAUUGCAGUGGCUGUUUAGGGCUCGGAGACCUUCAAAGCACUAUUGAGCCGCGCAGGAUUGAUGUGUUGUGUGGAAAGAAGAUUGUGUCCCUAAGCUACGGAACAGGACCGCAUGUGGUUAUCGCUACUGCAGAUGGAGAAGUGUUCGCCUGGGGCCACAAUGGUUACAGCCAACUGGGAAAUGGGACCACCAACCACGGACUGACCCCUGCUCUGGUGUCCACCAACCUCCUCAGCAAGAGAGUGACAGAAGUGGCCUGUGGCUCCCACCACACUAUUGCCCUUACAACCGACGGGGAGGUGUAUGCGUGGGGUUACAACAACUCAGGCCAAGUAGGUUCAGGAUCUACUGCCAACCAACCGACACCACGACGGGUCAGCAGCUGCCUGCAGAACAAAGUGGUUGUUAACAUCGCCUGCGGUCAGCUCUGCUCCAUGGCUGUACUGGACAACGGCGAGAUAUAUGGUUGGGGCUACAAUUGCAAUGGACAGCUAGGUUUGGGCAACAAUGGAAAUCAGCAGACACCGUGCAGGAUCGCUGCCCUCCAAGGUGUCAACAUCAUCCAGGUUGCUUGUGGAUAUGCGCAUACACUGGCUCUGACGGACGAGGGGUUUGUUUACGCUUGGGGAGCCAACUCGUAUGGGCAGUUGGGAACAGGCAAUAAGAGUAACCAGGCUCUCCCCACCCUAAUAAACACAGACAAGGAGAGAAUGGUGGAGGUUGCUGCAUGCCACACCAGCCACACGUCAGCUGCCAAGACGCAGAGCGGGCAGGUUCUGAUGUGGGGUCAGUGUCGAGGUCAGGCCGUGGCGAGCCCCCAUCUCACCCAUUUCAGCAGCACGGACGACGUGUUCGCCUGCUUCGCCACACCAGCAGUCACGUGGCACCUCCUCUCCGUAGAUGGUGAUGACUACCUGACAGUUGCUCAGUCUUUAAAAAAAGAGUUUGACAGUCCAGAGAUUUCAGACCUGAAAUUCUUGGUUGAUGGGAAGUGCAUCCAUGUUCACAAAGCCCUGCUGAAAAUCAGGUGUGAGCAUUUCCGUGCACUGCUGAAUGAAACAGACGAGGAUGCCAUAGAAAUCCACCAGUUCUCGUACCUGGUGUACAGAGCCUUCUUGGAGUAUCUCUACACAGACACUAUUAACCUGCCACCAGAGGAUGCUAUUGGGUUGCUAGACUUGGCAACGUUCUACCGAGAGACAAGAUUGAAGAGGUUGUGCCAGGAAACGAUCAAGAGGGGCAUUUCUGAAGAGAAUGCCAUCACUCUGCUCUCUGCUGCUGUCAAGUAUGAGGCCCGGGACCUGGAGGAGUUCUGCUUCAAGUUUUGUGUCAACCAUCUAACAGCUGUCACGCAGACCCAGGCCUUUGCAGACAUGGAUCAUGACCUGCUCAAGAACUUCAUUAGUAAAGCCAGUCGGUACGGGGCCUUUAAAAACUGACUAGAGCGGCCCCUGUAGUGACGGGUUCAACACGAUGAGGUUUAAGCUCACACAGGAGAGUACCCUAGACCAAAGUAAACACCCGGCUGCACAGCACUUCAGAGACUCGUCUCUGAUGAUGUAAAGACUGGCAGGGCAAACUGGUGAAGGUUUCACCUACUAAGUGAUGCUUCUGCAUUACCACUCUAAACCUUAGCCCAAGCACAGUGGUUGCGUGGGGUGUAGAUGUUGGUUUACACCACUAGUCUGCAGACAGAGCAGAGGCUGAAGAGAAAGAUGUGCCACAGUGGUUGUCUCUCUGUUGUUUUUGUGUUACUGACAAUAUGCGUGGCUGAUUCUGUGUCGGAUUCGUUUGAUCGAGCCAGCCAACAUCCAAACAGGUGCAGGGAAUUCCCACACAGGUCAGACAGGAUGCCUGAAAAUGCUGAAUGCAUCACAUAAUCUCUUGCAGUAGAAAGGUUUGGUAGCCAGGUUUAGGUAGUUUCUGUCACACUGCUAUUUAUCAUCCUGUAGUACUGUACAUUAUGUCUGAUCAAUAUAUACAGGAGGUGAUCAGCUGCAACAAGUCAGCCAUGAAUCAGCCUGUCACAUUGUGCUGCUUUUCUUUAAAGCCUUGAUUCUCAAACUUUCUGGAGUGAGAAGUCAUAUUUACUGACACCUUUUUGUGAACAGUUAUCUGAUCAAUGACAGUGUUUAUCUCGCAUAAGUUAAUGUUUUGCCACUUUGUUUUAUAUUGUAGUUAUUCAUUAGUUAUUCACACGCCAUCCAGACUUGUGGUCACUGUUUGAUAUUUGUGUUGACUAACAUUUGCACUGUUUUGCUGUAGACAUUUGCUUUUGCCACCAUGUCAGUGGACUGAUAGGAAACAAUACAGUCGGUUACACAUUGAUGAGAGAUGAGAACGUACGACCGCAUGUAUACUUGUGAUCAGUUUCACCCUCUUUGUGCAGCUGUAAACUAUGUUUGAGUUACACAAACAUGUUGAUUCCUGUGUAUCCUGUCAGCGACGUUACACUGUAGAUGCAGCUGAUUUUACAGUUGCGUUUCAUUGUAAUUUGGUAUGUUUACAAAAGUUUGCUUGUUUUAUUAUUUGUUUUUUUUUUUUUUAUUGUUAACAUGUUGGCAGCAAACCUCUGGUUCUUUUAACGAGGGUUUCUUUAUACAUCCCCCCUGGUAGCACCUCGUGGUAAUGGAAUAGUUCAGGCUCAGUGUAAUUGCCAAGUCUCAUAUAGGACCACAAGGUCUUUAAAUGUAGUUACCAGAUUAUUCCAUCUUGAGUUCCUUAAUUAGUCUCACUAGAGUGUGACAACAUGUUAUUACUUUAACAAGCCAAUUAGAAAAUUUUUUGGAACAUUUUGAUAAUUACUAAAAUUGCCAGUGUGUUGUCAUUUUGUAUGAAAAUGCUGUGAGCUGCUGACAGUGACUCUAAUGGUUACAUUUGACAAUGUACUCUAUAUUAAAAUGAAUAACUACUGCACAUGA